AAAAUUGUUGAACAGUCACGGCAAUGUUUUCUUUAUCGUGUGUUCCUACAUUUCUCUAGGCAACGGUCCAAAAAUUAGUUCCGCAUGAUGUAGCACCUUGAUAUUUCUUAUUGAGAACGACUCCCGCCGCAAAUAAAAUACACGAGACAACGUUUCGUACCAAUACGAGUACCGGUACAACAAGCAGAGGCAUUAUUUCUUUUUUCGCAAUCUUUGAAGUCCGUCAAGAGAAGGUUCUUAUUUUUUACUCUAAAAGCACUUAUUCGAAAAGCAUUGCCAGGGCCACCAUGACUGAUGCCGAGAACAUGAUGAACGACCUUCAACUCGAAGAUGUCGAAGACUACUCUGCCGAUUACCCAGUUAGUGACGGUGGUUACCCCAAUGCUGGAGCAAACAUGGCACCGGCUGGCAACAUCGAGCAGGAAAGCACAGGCAAAUCUCCGAAAUAUCGCCGUGCGGCAGUGAUUGCUUUGAUUCGCAACAACAAGUGGUCAUUUGCUGUCCUUGGAGUAGUCGUGGUCAUCCUGAUUGCUAUUAUCGCAUCGACUGCGGGAGGAAAGAAACCCAUCGCCGCUGCUGCCCCUACCAUGAAAAUCGACGACGCACACGCCGGCUUCCCUCCGGUCAAGCAAUACAUAGAAGAUGUGGACAAAGAUGUGUUGAUUGAAUUCAAGACGAUGCUUGAUAACACCUUUACGCGCCACAAUCUUGACACUUCUGUCCUGGACACUGAGGGAAGUCCCGCACAGCAAGCAAUGAUCUGGAUGUGCAAAGACAAGAAAGUCAACAGCAUGGAACACACCGAAAAACUCCAACGAUACGUCCUUGCCGUGUUCUUCUACAGCACUAAUAUGGUUCCUUCCAUGCAUGUAGAAAAUCCCUUGGCCUGGAAAAAUGCUGACAACUGGAUGACCAAUGCUCACUCAUGCGAAUGGAUGGGUGUUGAAUGCAACGAAGACAAGUUCAUUGUUGCGAUCUACCUCGAGAAAAACCGCCUCUCAGGAAAAAUCCCUGUCGAAAUUGCAAUUAUUGCCAACAACAUCGAGUCGCUCGAUUUUACUGACAAUAUCAUGCACAUGAGGGAAAGCGAUUUUGAUGCAUUCCUCUCUCUGAAAAAACUCCACACUCUUCUCAUGGACGACAACUAUCUUUAUAACAACGACGGGCUUCCUUCGCAAAUGGGAGCGAUGACUAGUAUGGAGAAAAUGAGAUUGAGUUACAACGUUUUUGAAGGCGAACUGAACAAGAAUUCGGUUCUUGAUUCCAUGAAGGGCUUGACUCACUUGGAGAUCGAAUCCAAUUACUUCACAGGAGGCAUACCAAAUGCCAUUCUAGAAAUGGAAAAUCUCACUUACCUGUAUUUGCGUCGAAACAACAUGGAGUUCAAUUUGAAUUUCUUGAAGGAAAACCGAUUUACCGAAAACAUUUGUAAGUUUUCUUUUUUUAUGAGAUGAAUGGUUAUGGAUGUAACAUUUAUUGUUGUGACGCAUGAUGUUGAUAUCGAAGCAACCCAUAUCUUCUUACGAUUGUUUUUCUCACUCUAACAUAACGGUUUGUUUCAUUCCCUUUUCAACUACAGUCGCUAUGUGGUUGGACGGAAACGAUAUUUACGGUACAAUUCCCACCGAGAUCGGUUUGCUGUCUGGUCUCGCCUCCUUCUCGAUGGCCAACGCGACCAUCACGGGAACUAUCCCGACACAAAUUGGAAAUUUGAGUCAACUUCGACGCCUCUGGUUGUUCAACAACCAGCUCACUGGUACCAUUCCCGGUGCCCUCAAUAAUUUGGAGUUGCUCGAAGUUGUUGAAUUGCACGGGAACGAUUUGAAGGGAUCAAUGCCUGAAGGAGUUUGCCUUUCUGUUGAAAAAUCAGACUACGAGUUUAAGUCAUUGACCAGUGAUUGCGUCAAAGAAGUGACAUGCGACAAAGAUUGUUGCACAAAGUGCUUCUGAUUCCUUCGUCGCUAGGUAGAUGGAAUGACAAAGGAAGGAAACAUUUAUGUAUAAUUUAGAUAAACGACAAACAUAAAC